AAUAUUUCAUUUACUGCAGUAAUUAUUGUCCGUUAAAUCAAGAAUGAAAAGAAUUAGAAAAAAUUCCAACGUAAUUAUAAAUAUUACUACUAUAUCUGUAUCGCGAUAAAAAUUGAAUCAAAUUUUGAGUAAAAAUUCUCAUUUCUUAUAAAUAAUUCUGCUAUGCAAAUGACUUGAUGUUCCAGAAACCACAAAAAUGAUUUGAUACUGUGUUUGAACAUUCUAUAAUGUUAAAUUGGUUUUCGAAUUUUUCAACAACUUCAUAUAAAGACAAUUUGAUUAUUUUGAAAAUUUCAUUAGUGUUUAACAUUGAUUUUGUGAUUUAUCAAAGAUAUAAAAUUACACAAAGUGACAAUAAUCAUGAUGAAGUUUCAUUCAAUUUUUGUAGAUUUUCAUUUUACAACCACAUUGCAUCACGAUGGCUCAAUGAUUUUGAACAAAUUUUUUCUUUCACUCAUUUGCAUGAUCAUCUCUAUUUGUGUUUAUUUUUCUGUUUUCUCCGUUUCGGUUUGCCCGAUGAAUUAAUUAUGAAAAUGGCGCCAUUUAGCGCACAACAACAACAAUUUCAUUUAGUCAAUUCUACAAUUUUCAUACUCUCAUCAUUGAAAAGUUCAACAUCAACAAAUAUUGAUUCUUAUCCAAAUUUUUGUUUGAAACAUCCAAUACACGUGGCAAAAGCCAAUUCAUAUUGGCCAUUCAUUGUUUAUUGUUUUACUAAACCAUCAUCAACACCAUUAUCGAAAACAUUAUUUACUUCAUUUGUGUUCACAUUAUUUUUAAUUCAUAUAUAUCAUAGUUUAAAUUAUCCAAUUUCUGAUAAUCGCAAUUCAAAUCCAUAUUAUUCUCAUCAAUUAAAUAUACAACAUUCAAAUAUCGGAGAUUUACAUCAACAACAAUCGAUUAUUAACAAACAUUUUCUAAUAGAAGCUGAUCAUUUACAGUGGUCAAAAUUGAUACCGAAUAAGUUUUAUCGAAAUCUAACCGAUAACAAUUGGUUUAAUUCUACUAAAACAGUUAUUUUUCCCUGUUUUAUUGGCUGAAUAAUCGGUUACAUUUGCCUUAAUCUAGUUUUAUUCAAUUUCAAAGUCAAGACACAAUGGAUUCUAUUUGUAUGACUCCAAAUAUUCGAAAGGACAGAAUCAAUAUGAAAGAAACUUCAAGCUCUGUGAUUGGUAAUAUUGAUACUGCAAGAUUCGAUUCAUUGAAAGGUUCCCGUGAUAAUUCUUCAUCUCUGUUACUUUCUUGGCUCUGUCGUAAUAAUACAUUAUCACUUGUUAAUCAACCGUUUGCAAUAUUCCAUAAAUUGAAAAACUUUUUUAGCUUCAACUUUUCUGAUAUCAACAUCGAGAUGGAAAAUAUGGAACUCAAAUAUUCCACUUCUUGUCCCGCUGACAUUACUAAACCUUCACAAUUUUCAUUUUUCUAUUAUAUCAAUCAUCCAGAAGAUUUUCCAGAAUCUAUUCAAAAUUUCACACAGUUUCAAAAUAACAAAACAUCUCAUAAAAACCAAAUUUGUACUUCGGUUCUUAUGAAAAAUUGCAAUAUCAAUCCUAUCGAAAUAAAUCUGCUUGAAACACCUUUAUUCAUGAAAAGCACGACUAAGAUUUCAAUGGAUCCUAUGACAGAACUUCACAAAUUUCUACAAAUGAAUCAAAAAAUUGAACAAAAGAUUAAGUGUCAUAAAAAGACAUCAUCUUUGAAAGGUUUUGAAACGGAUCAAAUCGAACCAAUGUUUCCUGCAUUGAUCAAUUUAACAUUACCAUUCAAGGAUAUAAAACGAAGCCUAAGUUUCUCAUCAUUGGAUGAUAUUAAACACUUGCCAUAUGAUUUGUAUGCAAGAGUUAUGGAUAUAUUUAUUAAAAACCAUAUUGAUGAAAAGGUUGCCGAUGAAAAGGCCAUGCUAAAAAUCCAAACAAUGAGUAUGAAUGGUUUUAACGAUAAUUUAUUUACAACGGUAAAAUCAGACCCACUAAAUUCGGCCAUCGACAUCAAUUGUGAAAAAAAGAAAAAACGUAGAAAAAAUCAAAAACGCAGGAAUCGCAAAAAGAAAAAUCGUGAUAAAUGUAAAUCGUUUUUAAUCGAUGAAAAAAAAUUGGCUAAUGAUGAAAUUAAUGGUGGACCCGAACCUGAAUCUGUAAAUACACAAAGUCUUGUCGAACCACCAUUGAAAACAAACAUAACAAAAUCUGCAUACGAAAAAAAGGAUUGCUUUAUAAGUAAAUUUUUUUCGUUUCCAUGCAACUAUGAAUCUGGUAAUGAAAUUUCGGAACCACCCUCUGUUGAUUGGGAUGAUGAAGAAUACGAAAACGAUGAUGUUUCCAUUAACGGUAGUUUAGAGAAAGAAUUUGCUGGAAACGGUCUAUUCUUCUCUAAUCUUGUAUCUAAGGAGCCACGAAAAAAACACUGCGGAAUUGAACUUUCUGCCAAAGAUUUCCUAUUCGAUUCACCCACUAAUAAUGAUUUUGAUGAUGAAAACAUUUGGGUUGAAACACCAGAAGAGCGGGAAUUUCGUGAAAAAAUUCAGGCCAUGGUUGCAAAAGCAAAUGAAGAAUGGGAUGCCAUUUCUUUACCAUCGGAUUGUAAUGAUAAUGAUGUUGGCGUAUUUCAAAUGGAAAUCAAAAGCCCGCAAAUCACACGUCAUGUUCAUUUCGUUGAAGAGCCUGCCAUCUGGCUUAUCCCUGAUUUGGAAGAUUAAUUCUUUUUUUGCUUAAUUUUUUUUAUCUAUAUUUUAUUCUUUAUAAAAUGAUUACUGUUAUUCAAGUUGACAAAUAAAAAUUAAAUGAUUUUCACAGAAUUAAAAUAAAUGAAUUAUUAAACGAUA